AUGCGAAAUGAUAUGUACUUUCCUUAUUUGACAGCCGAAAUCAAGCCGGACACUGAGCCUUUGGAAUUUGCUGAUCGCGCAAAUAUGCACAGCCUUCGUACGAUGAUUGAGAAGCAGCUGGAAGAACAAAAGGCACACCUCAUCGCUCAACUGGAGCAACUGAGACUGGGGGAAGAGGAAUGGUGUGUCGAAUACAAGGCAAGGGAAGAGAGACUUUUCGCUCAACUGGACCAGAUACAGUGA